CUGGUUGUGUGGAAUAAAUCGGCAAAUUAUAAAUUGAGCAUUAUUCUAUAGACAUCUCGCAAAUUAGUAAAGUCUAAUCCGAGAUAAACAUCUGUUUUCUCACUUGUCAUUAUAUGCAGUGGAUAUUUGAAUGUAACAUGUAAAUGAAAGUGAAUGCACAGGAAACCCCAUUUAACAGUUUGUGUUUGCAUCGCCUAAUGCAGUUAACGUUUCAAAAGUGAAGCAGCAUGCUUGCAGACCGCAGUCCAGUGGUGCAGACUCUGCUGGGGACGCUCUUCACUUGGGGUCUCACAGCUGCAGGAGCUGCACUCGUCUUCAUCUUUCCCAGCACACACAAGCAGAUCUUGGAUGGAAGCCUGGGGUUUGCUGCAGGGGUGAUGUUGGCAGCCUCAUACUGGUCUCUGCUGGCCCCUGCUAUUGAAAUGGCAGAAGAAUCUGGAAAAUAUGGGGCGUUUUCAUUUCUCCCUGUUGCCAUUGGUUUUGUCCUGGGAGCAGCAUUUGUGUAUUUUGCUGACCUGAUGUUGCCACUUCUGGGUGUCGAGAAAGACCCUCACUUGGCGUUGACCCUGCCACCUGAUGCCAAACCAGCAAAAGCGAAAGUGGAGGACCCUGUCGCCUCACCCACAGCUGAGGAGAUGUCAAUCAGGAUAGGUAGAGCAGGAGCUCAUUCAGAUAAAAUAGAGAAUGGAGACGUUUACCAGAGAAGAAAAGCAACCCAAUCGAGCCAAGUAGCAGAAGAGAAGGAUGUGGGCUCUAGACCACAGGAAGUUAUUUGUCAAUCAGCAAGCAGCUGGAGACGGAUAGUGCUGUUAAUUCUGGCUAUAACCAUACACAACAUUCCUGAGGGCUUGGCUGUUGGGGUGGGUUUUGGAGCUGCUGGAAAAUCUUCCUCUGCUACGUUUGAGAGCGCCAGAAACCUGGCUAUUGGCAUAGGCAUCCAGAAUUUCCCAGAAGGCCUUGCAGUGAGUCUGCCACUGAGAGCCUCUGGAGUGUCUACAUGGCGAGCCUUCUGGUAUGGACAGCUCAGUGGGAUGGUGGAGCCGGUGGCGGGGUUGCUAGGGGCCGUUGCCGUGGUGCUGGUGGAGCCGUUGCUACCCUAUGCACUGGCUUUUGCUGCAGGAGCCAUGGUCUUUGUUGUUGUUGAUGACAUCAUACCUGAAGCACAAGUCAGUGGCAAUGGGAAGCUGGCUUCCUGGACAUCCAUACUUGGCUUUAUUGUGAUGAUGUCACUGGAUGUUGGUCUGGGAUAAUGAUUUUUUUCUAUUUUUAUUGACUUUACUGGCCUUCUAAAGGGUUAUUCUUCUUAUCAGAAUCAGGGUUAAUGAAUUGGAUGAUGCCUUGGAGUUUUUUUACUCCUUAUUUUUUAUUAUUGUUUCUUUUUUAUUAAUUGAAACGUGAUCAUAUUAUUACACUUUAUAAUGAUUACCUAAUGGAGAACUAAAUACUUGAAUGUCACUUGAAUAGGAGGCUGUGCGAGGCUGUGCUUUGCUUAUUGCAGUUAAUCCAUUAUUUCACAGCCACAGUAUGAAGGUGUUUGUUCAUUAAAAGUCUAAAUUGUCUUCUUUCA